AUGGAAGGCGGAGAGGAUAGCAAACCGAAGGAGUGCGAGCUGCUGAGUGGCGACUUCGCCGUGCUGUUGCAGGUGCUGCUUGGUUUUAUUGCCAUCUCUGUACUGGCGAUCAAGCGGCUGCGCGAAGUACCUCAACGCCCACUGACGAUAUGGGCUUUCGAUGCUUCGAAACAAAUGGUCGGAGCGACGUUUGCGCAUGUUGCAAACCUGUUUAUUGCCAUUGUGCUCUUCAAUUAUCAAAAAGAGAUGGAGUCCGGCGAAGAAUCAGUUGACCAGUGCGCGCUGUAUUUUGUGAAUUUUACUUUGGACACAACUUUGGGUGUUUUCCUCAACUACGUGUUGCUGUCAGCAGUGGUGCUUUUGGCACUUCGUUUCAGCUGGUCUUCAUUGAAAACUCCCGGCGACUAUGGCACUCCGGUUCGUGUGCGAACAUGGAUAUUGCAAGUGCUUUCGUGGAUCCUUGUCAUUUUCACAUGCAAAUUUCUCAUUGCGCUGCUCAUUGUGGCGUUCCAAAAGCCGUUGGGAGCUUUUGCGGUGCUGCUUUUCAAACCGUUGGCGGACCAUCCAGACGUGGAAUUGGCCAUCGUCAUGAUCGCGUGUCCAUGUCUAAUGAACGCGUUACAGUUCUGGGUCCAGGACAAUUUCCUCAAAAAGGAUGUUCGCGACGAAAGUUUCAUUGUGGCACAAGCGGCGCAAUCCCCUACUGGCAGCUUGAAUGGCGAUGGCAAAUUGCCCAGUUUAGGCACACCGACAGACGACGAAUGCAGUGAACCUGGCGAAGGAGAUCCCAAACUCAUUGUUGCUCUUGGCAACUCACAAGAACCAGGCGAAAAGAAACUCAAACUCGACCUCUCAUCCGUGUAA